CUCAAGUUUCGAAUCUCCCAUGCCGAUUUGAAUCGCUCUGAAAUCGCUUCCGCGCUCCACACCGCACGGUUCUUACGGUGGGUUUCUUAGCGACAGGAAGGAUUCUCUGUGUUGGCAUCGGUUACUCGUACAUACCGCAUUCGAAUCAUCGAACCUGUUAACAGCAGUGCCGCACUUAUCAUGGUUCCUUACCAAACUUAUCUGAUCACAGCGUUAAGGCGAAACUAAAUACUCUCAAUUUCCACUAGUGGUUCCUACAGUUCCUUCCCAUCCGCUACCCUAAAAUGCGUCGAAGUUUUAAGCGACGAUCUUCGUCCAUUGGAUCAGCAUGCGAUGGAUCUAUCGACCUCACAAACAAUCAGCAGUUGGAAGGAAGCACGUCGAAGGCGGAAGAUUUUGAGGCUGCCAGGCAACUUCUUUCAAGCUUGUUAUAUAUGAAAGAUGCCUCAGGACGCUCCUAUUUGCAUUCUGAUUUCAAGCUUAGCUGGGCAAGGGCGCUCCUUGGCAGAGCGAGGAAAUUAGACGACGGGACAGAGCAGUUCAUGAAUUUUUAUACGAAUGGCAUCGAUCAAUACAAAAAUGGCCGCAAUGUUCGCAAGGGAAGCCAUCAUCGCCCGAGCAAAGAAUCGACCCAUGUUAGGAAUAGCACGCUUAUGCAACGGCGUUUUCUACUCCAACGAGAUCAAGAAUCGGGCUACACACCAUUUCACAGAGCGAUUUUGGAAGGAAACUUGGGAGCUAUUUUGUUAUUCUUGCGGCAUGCAACGGCUGAAGACUCGUCAACAGAAAGGCUGACGCAACGACCAAUGGUGCUUCUGCACGGAGCGGAAGCCAAUCACGGUCACAACAACCCAAACCGUAAUAGACACCAGAACAAUACUCUUUUACUGGACAUGGCGAGCGCUACCGACUACGAAGGCAUGACACCACUCCGUCUACUAGGAAGACUGCAACAAUCAGAACUCUUUUUGUGUCGGAACCACUUGCAGUCAUUUCGCCCGUCUGUCGAUCGGAAUGCCACGAUGAGGCUUCGCACUCGUCACAGGCUUUCGAGUUUCGAUGACAAUGGCACCAAUAAUAGUGACGACGAUGAAAACAUAGAUUUUUUCAGUGAAAAUGCCGAUUUGUUUGAAGAAGAUUCGGACAAAGACGAUAAUUGCUCAAAAGUUGACAAAUCAUCUUAUGCUUGCGAAGUCGUCACGUUUGGAAGACCUAAUCACUGCGCUUUGGGAGUCAUCCAAGGCACGGGCUCGUCAUCUUCCACCUUUACGUCGUCUUCUAGCAAAGACAAUAGCAAUCAAACGUAUAGCCAUGGAAGUGCCUUCUGUCCACAACGUGUUCAAGAAUUUGCGCAAGAAGUCGUUGGAAGACCGGGUUCUGCAAUGGCCAUUGCUGCUGCUACACAUCAUACAUUAGUGGUAACGAAAAAGGGCCAUCUUUAUGCCUUUGGUUUGGAGAAGGGCGGCCGGCUAGGUUUGGGAGAUGAUCAACCCAAACAAUGUCCUCUACCGAAACGGAUCCUUGGUCCUCUGCAGAGACGCCAAGUAGUGAGUGUGGCAGCUGCCGAAAACCAUUCACUUUGCGUCACCGCUCGUGGUGAUGUCUAUUCAUGGGGAUCAAAUCGUUUCGGUCAAUUAGGAGAUAACGCAACAAGUAAUUCAGCGUCAACUCCAUGUGGAAGUCGCAGUGUGCCGCGUCGAGUCGAGGAGUUGAGGCAACACCCCUGUGUUGCUGUGGCUGCGGGAGAAAAGCAUUCCGUGGCCUUGUCUCGGAAAGGAGAAGUUUAUGUGUGGGGUGAUAACACUUCUGGUCAAUUGGGCGUAGCUAGAAGAUCAGGUGUUCAAAAGGUGCAACGUGUAGAAGCACUCUGGGGCUCCUCUGCGACACAAGGAAGUGUCAACCGAAAACCGCCGAAAAUUGCAAUUGCCAUUGCAGCUGCCGAGCAAUCAACUUUGGUUCUCACUACCGGAUCACCGGCCUCCACAUUGAACAAUGUCAACGCAAUUUAUGAAUGGGGUCAUGGCAAUCACGUUCCAAUCAGAGUUCAUUUUGAAAGUUGUAGUACCGAAGCUCGCAAAAAGGACAGCAACCGAUCAACUUCUUUUGCGUCUAGUUUCAGUCGUAUCCCGAAUCCAACGGCUAUUUCAUGUGCCCGAUACCACAACGCGGCAAUAACUUCUGACGGAUUGGUUUAUACAUGGGGACUCCGUGCUGAGUUGUUAGGAAGAGAAAAAGGUAAUGCGAAUACCUCAAAGCCCCAGCAUCAACGUCGCAACUGUACCCCGCAGCUCGUAACAGGGAUGCUCUCAGAGAAAGGAGGUGGGUUUGCUGUAGCGAUUGAUGCUUCGGGAAGUCACACCGCAGUUGUUUGCGACGACGGAGCUUUGUUCACUUGGGGAACGACCGAUGGAAAUAAUGUCUACAACUUGGGACACGAAGGUGUUCGAUGGCAACCUAAACCGAAGCGUGUUCCAGGAGUCCAUCGUGCGGUAGAUGUGGCUGUUGCAAAGGAGCACACAAUCCUUCUGAUUGGUACCAGCUUUCCCUCAAUUUCAAAAAAUGAUGUUUUACCAAGUCUUGAAGUUCUCGCUGCUAAGAAAACUGCGGAGUACGUCGACCUUUUCAACGUAAUACCAAUAUUGACAAUGGCGCGGCGAACAGAGGUAUGAGUUGUGGAACAGUUCAACGGUGUUUCGGUGAAUGAAUUUAUAUUGUUAAUGCCCUCACCUUUUAAUUGAUAUUGAUUAUUUCUGAAAUCUCCUGCAGUCUUCCUUCCUAACAAAAUACUGCAGUGACUUUGUUUACAGAAAUCUCGAUGGUGUACUAAACGUAGGAAAAAAGAGGGAUAUGAAUCAAUAUUUGAACGAUAUGUUGGCGGAAACCACCUAUCGUGCUGGAAAAAGGUAUCGCGAUGACAACCAUCACCCCUUUGUAUUUGAUGUGCUUGCUGCUGGUAACGUCGGGCGACCUACAUUUGAUCGAGAGUGGUUUUCGGACAUUGAAGAAUGGGUUGAAGGUUGUAAGCAACUCGCUGACUCUCCGGUUGUUCGACGACUGCUUGAAGUCGCUGCAGUUCGGGAGUACGAGGAAGAUUCAGCUGGGCUUAAUUCGAAGAGUCGACUGGGCUCUUCGUGUCAAGAAGAAUACGACGAGUUUAAAGAGAGGUCACACAGUCUGUCAGAAUCCACUCCGACCGCUGCAGCGAAGGAAGGAAAUCUAGAUAGAUGUAUCAAAAGGACGGCUACAAUGAAUUUAUCGACACUUGAGCUUGCGAAUGAAAAUUCCGAAUGGUUGGCGAAAGAGAUUCGUGGAGUUCGAAAGAAACUCAAGCAAAUUAACAAUCUGCUUGACACUGAGACUCGAGAGGGCAUGCUAUCUCCGGAACAGAAGGCAAAGGUUGCUCGUCGACCAACAUUGGAGACUGAACUAAGCAUUUACGAAUCAGCUGUAGUUGAAGUUGAAACACGAAUAAAGGAGCUUAAAGACAACAAGAAAAUCAAUGUAAAGCCUCUUUCGUCGACAAGAGAUUGUGAUUAUCCUCAGGAGAAAGGAAGUAUCAAAACGAGGAAAAACACAACAACCGACGACGACGAGUCUGUGCGAUGUUCGGUAGUCCAAAAGAAAAAGAUUGGGCACAAGUUUGGAUCGUCGCCAACAGUCAUGGACAACAAAACCUAUUUUUGCGAUACUUGUGGUGUAAGAUGUACUGACGAGGCAAACUUUAUCCUUCACCAGAAUGGUAGAAAACAUCGAAAUAGAGUUGCUCAAUUAGCGGAAGAGGAGAAGGAAAAAACAUCGGCUUCCAUACGCCAACAACAACAAAUUCAGAUGAUGAAAUCACCUCCUGUGUACACCCCCGAACCGAAAAAGAUUGUUAAAAAUGCAUGGGGGACACCUUCACCGCAGCCGAACUACAAACUUCCACCUCCACCGCAUCCAGUUCUAGCGCAAGUCGCACUGAAUCCAUCACCACCUUCCACCAAAAACGUAAGAUCGGCGCCUCGUAAGGUGCCAACCGCAUCGCCGGCUUCGAAUUUCAAGAAGUUGCUGGGGGACGAAGGAACCAAGAAGAAAAUGGCAUUUGGGGCAAAUAAUUUGUCGUCCAGUUUCACAAAUAUACUGUCAGAGCAAGAAGUGACAAAGAAAAAGAUGAAACAAUCUUCAAAGCCUGCGGUUUGGGAUGCAAGUCCAACUUCGACUCGUUGUGUACCUCUUUCCAUGUAUGCUACUACUCGCCCUGUAUUCUCGCCCGAGAAAUCUGAAAUGAAUCCUCAAAGGUCGCAAAGUAUCUCAAUUGCUGAUUUUUUGACUCCGAAGAAAAAACAGACGUCCUCCCCCGCUGUUGCGCCCUGGAUCAAUGAUCCUGCGAAAAAAUCGCCGUCAGCUCUUCCGAGCACCAAGACUCUCGCACAGAUUCAAGCAGAAGAAGAGACUCUCAGGUCGAAACAAGACAAGAGCUAUGGAAAGGGCGGGGGGAGCUGGUACGUUGAAAGAAGAGAACGUGCUGAAUCAGUGUUGCAGAUCCAGAAGAUUGCUGAGGAGGACUUGGCACAUCGUCUCCUAGUAGAGGAACAAUUGAGAAUCGAAGCUCAAAUCAAAGAAGAAUGUGAGCGUCGACAGAAGGCUGCGAAAGAAAAGAAAAAAGGUGGACCAAAGCGGAACAAAACCGCGAAGAGAACCAACGAUAGCAACAAGACAAAACCCAUUGAUCCUUCAAAACCCAACGGGAAAACGUCUAAUGCUUCGAAAUCGAAUCGCAGCAGGGGCAGGAACCAUCCGGCGAACAAGGGUGCGAAAAAGCCGUCCAAGAAAUCUCCCAAUAAUGGUUCGAAAGAGACACAAAAACCCGUCAAGAACCUGAAGGCCCAAGCUGUUAAAAAAAAUAGUGGAGAGUAAUACAGUAGAUUGUCGCAAGGCACAAUGCUCGUAAAUGCUUGGAUAAUAUUAUUUGUAAACACAAUGAACCGUUUUUUACAGAAAUAGUGUUACUGAUAGAAACAAGCAAACUCGAUUGUUCGUUUCGAUUAUUCAUUGCAGUAGACACCACAACGGUGACAAACUGAUCUCGUGAUAACGCUGCUGCUAGUGGAAAAAUUACGUGAUUGUGUUCGAUGUGUAUAAUUUGAAUACUAUCAUCUAUUUAUUUGAAACAAUAUGUGUUACAUUGUGUAGUUUAGUCGUACAGUUAGUUUUUGUUGUUGCUCCCCGGCACGGUGCAACCCCCAGCACCGCUGCCGAGUGAUCGGACCUCGUUUGCUAGUUGGUCCGUUAUUUCAUUGGUUCGUCAUUCACAAAAGACGCCUGCGAGAGCGGGGUUUGUGAUUUGCCAUGAUGUAUGCUAGCGUGUUCGCAGGAUUCUGAACGACGGAGGUGGAGGGUGCCGGCAGGGAUUUUGGUGGGAUGCGUUCGUCAUCGUUGCCGUCUUCGUUGUUGUCCCCGAUCGAUAUGGACCGAACGGCCGUGGAAAUGGCAUCCUCGGUUGUGCUUGUGGGUGGUGAUGGGGCCGGUUCUUGUGGUUGUGCCCCUUCUUGUGCUGCACUGAUGUUGUUGGUGUUGUUGUUGCUGCUGCUGCUGCUGCUGUAAUUGUUGGUUGUGUCUCGGGCAACGAUUCGGGCGUCGAUCGCAGCAAUCUCGUUCGCCUCGACCUGGCAAUGGGCGGUGUUCUGUCGGUAUAGCUCGGCGAUAUUGGCGGGGUUUGUCUGUUGUUCUUCCCGCUGCCUUCCUUGCUCGUCGAGUACGGCCCAGAGCCCCGCGCACCAGUUCUUGUGGCGGGCAAUGGAUCCCCGGCGGGUCUUCUUUUCCAGACCGCGCGUGGGUUCGAGUUCGGAGUCGUCGGUUUCGUUUUCGUCGGCGCUGGAGUCGCCGAUGCCUCUGGUCUCGGCCGCCAUCAUUCGCUUGAUGACCUUCACCAUGGAUCGCCUAAUGGCUUUGGUUUCCCGGGUGGUGUACCAGGUGUUCUUGAUUUCGUCGCUGCUCAUCUCCGAAACGAGUGGAAUGAGAAACAUCUCGUCGCUGGUUUCGGAGAAGGUCACGGUUCGACAAACGGCCCUGCGCGGAGGACUGGAGCUUGACGAGGACCCGGUAGCAUAUUCGGAUAGGAGAGGAGACACGAUGUCUAAAUUGGUUUGGUGGAUAGGCUUGCACAUAGUUGUCAUCUUUGUGUGUUUGUGUUUUGUGUUUUGUGUGUUUGGCUUUGGAAUGUAUGAGUUUUUGCGUUUUAUAUUUCAGGGUUGGAUACCGUUGUUGCAAAAGAAGUGUUCGCAGUUUGUUUGUGAAAAUUGUGACCACAACGCGUUGGGAUAGGAUUUCAUGCAGGCAUCGAUGCUAGCGUUUUCGAUAAAACAUUGGGACUGAA